AUGGAUCACAGGCAGCUCGAUUACCAUGUCAUAUGUGCCUCGAUUUUAUCGUUGGUGAUGGCUGAUGCAUCAGUGUCGGUUAAGGUGUUACAGAAUGCGGUGUCUUCGAAGUUUGGGUUCAGGCCCAGCUACAGGAAGGUUUGGAUGGGCAAGCAGAAGGCAAUUGCGCAGAUAUAUGGAGAUUGGGAGGAGUCUUACAACUACAUACCACGGUGGAUCAUUGGGGUUCAGUUGUAUAUGCCGGGUACUAUUGCGCUUUUGCGUACUUCGCUAGUGAGGAUAGUAUGGCGGCACUCUGCUAAUGGCUAUUGCCCAAGAUGGAAACUCGAACAUUCUCCCAGUGGCUUCGGGUUAGUCGAAGGCGAAAACACAGAUUCGUGGAAGUUUUUCCUCACUAAUCUCCGCCAGCAUGUCACCCCUCAACCCGGCAUUUUAGUCAUAUCUGAUCGGCACAAUGCCAUCAAGGCUGCCUUGCUUGCAGAGGACGGUGGAUGGCUCCCACCGUCGGCAUACCGGGCAUUUUGUGUGCGACACAUCGCGUCUAACUUCGCACUGUCAUACAAGUCUAAGGAAGCCCGGAGCAUUCUCGUGAAUGCCGCAUAUGCAAAGACUGAAGAGGAUCACCGGUAUUACAUGGACAUUUUGCGGAAGGAAGAUCCUGCAAUGGUAGAAUGGUGCGACAGGAUUGGACUGGAGUUGUGGACCCAAUAUCGGGAUGGUGGUCGUCGAUAUGGUCAUAUGAUGACUAACAUCUCUGAGUGUAUCAACGCCGUGUUUAAAGGCACACGCAACCUCCCGGUGGGUUCAUUAGUUAAGUCAACAUAUGGGCAUUUGGCCGAGCUCUUUGUGAGGAAGGGAAAGGAGGCUGAGUCUCAAGUCGGAGCAAAUCAAGAAUUCUAUCAGACCGUGAAGGCGAUCGAGAGGAAUCUACAAGCCUCAAGAAAUAUGCGGGUGGAUCUGUAUGACAGGGGAAACUCUGAGUUUAUCGUUGAGGAACUUGCGCCGACCGCGGGAAGGAUUGCAAUGAGUGUGUGUCGGGUGUCUCUAUCCGCCCGCACAUGCGACUAUGGGUACUUUCAAGCCCUCCACUACCCGUGUCGUCAUGUGCUUGCAGCAUGUUCAUUUUGCAGACUGGACUGGAGGACAUACGUUGAUGAUGUGUAUCGCAUGAAGACCGUGUUCAAUGUUUACAAGAUGGGUUUCUCUCCGCCUAUCCACGACGAUCUCUUACCCGUAUACGAGGGACCUCGUGUCAUCCCUGAUCCUGGCAUGAUGCGGGCUGCAGUUGGAAGACCUCGGAGCACUAGGAUAAGGAAUAGUAUGGAUGAGGCGAAUCUGGAUAGACCCAAGAGAUGCGGACUGUGUAGGACCCCAGGUCAUACCAGAAGAAACUGUCCACAGCGCCUGGGAGCUUCUGGAUCGCACGAAGGUAGCAAUGCAUAG